AUGAAAUGGCCAACUGGUGGUUAUCCGCACGCAUGGCUUACAGUUUACAUAACUCUCUAUGCAGCCUGUAUUCCAUUGUCGGUGCUAUUCUUUUCAUUUGGUUUUUUCAAAUCCGGUAAUAUCGCCGGAGACAACGAGCGGCUCGCCGACAGGGAAGAUCGUGUCAUUGAGGUCUCAAGGAAUCGUAAAGGAGAGAAAUCAGGAUGCCUUCAUGGUAUUAAAUCGUGUUGGCAGCAUAGCCCACCAAUGCCGCAACAGAUUCACGUCAUCACCGCUCUAUGUCAACUGAUUGCACAACAGCUUAUGAUCUCACAGCUCUAUCGUCAUGGAUUUGUCAAUUCCGAAAUGAUGACCAUAGCUCUGGUCAUAGAGCUAGCUGGUCAUUAA